CACACCAUUCUGAAAUUUUUUGGUCAUUGCAAUGAUCUUGAUCGGGAGAUGAGAAAAUGCUUGAAGAAUGAGUACAUGGAAAAGAGGACCAAGAGCAGGGAGCAUGGCGAUGUGAUGAGAAAGAGACUUUUUAAUCCUCCAGAGGAAUCUGAAAAAUAAAUUCUGUUUUAACUGGAUGCCUUUGCUGAGGGAAGACCUAAAGACUCUUGGUUGAUAGCCGAAAGAAUCCUAUCUUAUUUGGUCUCCAGAAUCUUUUGAAUGAAAAGUGACCCAUGAGAAAUUGAACCGUGAAAAAAUAUGAAAACCCUGGAUUCCGGAUAGUUUGGGGGCAGAGCCUUGAGUACUGUCUUUUGUCUACCAACAAACCUGACUUCUACAAUAUUUCUUCCUUUUGUCUACAAGCAGUUAACAUUUGAGUAACUUAUCUCCUUCAAUAAAAUAAUUUAUUUAAAUCA